CGCAGCGCGCACUGUCUAGUCUGGCCGGCUGGAGAGCUCAAGGGAGAGACAGGUUUGAGGAACGCACUUGCAUGAUGGAGGAUGUGAAAGGAAAGGUUCUGACAGUGUUGGGUCCGAUGGAGCCCGGCCAGCUAGGAGUGACUCUCCCUCACGAGCAUCUCCUGCUGGACUUCACGGAUGCAACCAUGGACCCUGGCUACUGCAGGGCUGACGAGCUGGCGAUGCUGAAGCUUGAGAUGCAGAACCUUGGCAAGAUACGCCAGUUCCCGUACAGUGUACGUGAAAACCUCACCAUUGACAAUGUUGAUCAGACCACUAAAGAACUGAAACUGUUCAAGGCUGCCGGUGGUAGUACCAUAGUCGAUGUUACCUCUAUUGGAAUAAGACGAAGUACGGAGCACCUGCCACGUAUCUCCAAGGAGUCAGGUGUCAAUAUCAUCGUGGGGACCAGCUACUAUGUUGAUGCAUUUGUACCUCCAGAUGCCAAACUCUUGUCAGUACAAGAGUUGUGUGAUGUGAUGGUGAGGGAGGUGAGUGAGGGUGUGGAGGGGACUGGAGUGAGGUGUGGGGUGAUUGGAGAGGUGGGCGUGUCUUACCCCAUGACUGACUUUGAGAAGAGGUCUCUGCAAGCCUCUGCCAAGGCCCAGCAGAUCACUGGGGCACCCCUCAUUAUCCACCCUGGGAGAAGCCAGGAAUCUCCAAGUGCGAUCCUGGAUGUGUUGGAGGGGGCAGGGGCGGACCUGUCUCGGACUGUCAUGUCUCACCUGGACAGAACAGUCUUCAGCGAGGAGGCCCUCCUGACUCUGGCCAGGAGAGGAUGCUACCUCGAGUACGACCUCUUUGGAAUUGAGACCUCCCACUAUCCGGUACAUAUAUAUGCAGAAGAAACAUUAGGAUCAAAUCUUCUGUGCAUAAUAAUGUAUUUGAGCAAGGGACAUCAAGUAAGAUAGAGAAGUAUCCUUUUAUGGAGGUUUCUCCUUGUAAACAAUGUUUGUAUAAGCGUGUAAGUGCUGGCACUGAUGCUUUCUUCAGUAGAGUGCCUUUCAUUCCAGGGCGAGUUACUUCAGUUUAAUCCACGCAUCUCUCUCCCGAUCUCACAACUAUAAUAGUAUAUAGCUAGGCUAAAGAAUGUUUGAGUGUUAAAUUCAGAAAGAGAGGGAGAAACAUGGCCUAUGACUCAUCAUUAUGCAGUUUGCUAAGGAGGUGGACAUGCCGAGUGAUGCUCAGCGAGUGCAGUGGGUCAAGAAGCUAGUUGAGGCAGGAUUCAGUCACAGAGUAAUGCUCUCUCAUGACAUCCACACCAAACACAGACUGGUGGCCUAUGGAGGUCACGGAUAUGGUCAUCUGCUGGAGAAUGUGGUGCCAAAGAUGAAGGACAGAGGAAUCAGUGAAGAUAUCAUCUCCUCCAUGAUCACCGACAACCCUCAACAAUGGCUCACAUUCGUGUGACUACGAAUUUCAUAUCUGUUUUUUAAUACCUGCUCUGAAUGAAUUACCUAUUAUGAACUUAAAAAUUGUUUCGAUUCUCUUUAUCAUAAUGUAUAAACAAGGCUGUGUGCUGCAGACCACAGAAAACCAUGCAAACACGAAUGCAGAACAAUAUUUAGCAACUUCUGUCAAGUUCUGCAAGUGCAAAACUGUCCCAGGAGAC